UUGAAAAGUUUCUGGGGAAAACCAAGCUCAAUCCAAUCCUGUGGUCUUCCUGUUAUCAGCCUGUUUGUGGAAAGAAAACCUCCCAACAAUUGAUAACUGUUGUCAUAUUAACUAGAUUCGUAUUAAUAAAAGAAUGUUUCUAACAACACUGUGCCUCCUGCUGGCUCUUAGCAGCAAAGUGACUUCUCUGGAAAAAUCGGUAGAUUUAAGCUGGGAUUUUGGCAGCAACACCGUUUACAUAUCAGGAAUGCGAAAGUUCGCUUUUGAGAAGGAAAUUGAAAGUUCUUCAGACCGAGGUUAUUGGUAUUCAGUGAAAGAAUUUUGUGCAGCCGAACACGGUGGCACUCACUUUGAUGCUCCUUAUCAUUUCUACCAGGAGGGAAUCAAGGUAUCGGAAAUUCCUGCACAGAAGCUCUUCGCUAAAGGAGCCUUAAUAAACCUGACGGCGGAAGCUGAAGAGCAGGGAAGAAAUGCUAGAUUGACCGUGAAACACUUGGAGGAUUGGGAGGCGAAGAAUGGGAACUUUGAAAUCGGUUCUGUGCUGCUGGUCCAGUUCGGGCGAUCCAAAUAAUGGCAGAAUCGAACCAAGUAUUUGGACUUGGAGGGCGAAACGCUAAAUUUUCCCGGAUUCUCAGAUGAAGCAGCUCGAUGGAUAGUGAACAGCCAGAAAUUUUAUGGAGUGGGCUUGGAUACUCCAAGCAUUGACCCAGGAAACACCACCACCUACUUUGCACAUCGACACCUGGCAGCUAAUAACUUGUACAAUUUGGAAAACGUGAAAAUUCUGGAUUCGCUUCCAGACAAAGGAUUUGACCUCGUAAUUGCUCCCAUGAAAAUUCAGGAUGGAACGGGAGCUCCUGUUAGGAUAUUUGCCACCCUUAAAAACGUCUAAUAAAUUCGAAUUUUGUGCACUGAAGAUUCCUACACCCAAUAUUUAUACUUGUCCAGGCUUCAAAACAUUCAGAAAAUUGCCUUUUUAGAUUAAAAGAGAGUCAGUGUCGUCAUCUGGAUCCGCUAAAACUCACUUGAUAAUAAAAAUUGUGUGGACAUUAGGAUGUCGUCUGCAAAUAGUAUUGAUUUAAGUGAAUCCAAGGAAUCAUCCCCAGACAUUCCGUCAGAGAGCGCUAGCGCUUAUAUUGAUUUCACAUGUAUAUAAUUUUCUUUCUUUUCUCAAGCAGCGUUGUCAAUAUUAGCUGAGCCAAAUCAGCAACCCAUUUAGCAUUAAAUAAACAACACUUUGUUCAGUUGCAAUUAAUAAAAACUUGGCUGAAGAA